GUUAGCACCCGACAUAGAACUAAGACAUAAUUUCAUCAUAUCCACUCAACAGAACUACUUUUGUGGCAAUGGCAGGUGAGUUCAGGUUGGUUUCACCUGAAAUAGACCAAGAAGGAAAGCUGCCAAGGAAGUAUACAGAUGAAGGUCAAGGAGCACGCAGGAAUUUAUCUCCACCAUUGGAAUGGUAUAAUGUGCCUGAAGGAACCAAGAGCCUGGCCUUGGUGGUUCAGGACAUUGAUGCACCUGACCCUGGCGGUCCUAUUGUUCCAUGGACCGUUUGGGUUGUGGUUAAUAUACCACCCACAAUUAAUAGGCUUCCUGAAGGGUUUUCAGGUAAAGAAGAGAAAGUUGGUGAUGAAUAUGCAGGGAUCAGGGAAGGUAAUAAUGACCUGAAAGUUCCUGGCUGGCGUGGACCUAAGCUUCCCAGUCAUGGCCAUCGGUUUGAGUUCAAGCUCUUUGCUUUGGACGAUGAAAUCGAGCUUGGAAACAGGGUGACCAAAGAGAGGCUGCUGGAGGAAAUCCAAGGGCAUGUGCUGGGAGAAGCAGUCCUGAUAGCCAAGUUCUGAAGAGUUAAUUAACGUUUGGUUCAAGUGGAAAUAUGAAUACAUUUCUUCUGGCUUUUCAAUGUAAAUUGCAGUCUUCAGAUGUGGCAUUAAUGACUCGACGUUAUCAUUUUCUGAUAAA